CCGUAGUUUGGCCUGCAUAUAACUUCUUCCUGUCUGAGUAACCGGACGUGCGUGCUGAAGGUCGUGAAUUAAACGAAGUCCACAAUGUCACUUCCAAGACCAGUGAUGAGAGGCCUCCUUGCCAAACGUUUGAGGUUUCAUUUGCCCAUCGCGUUCAGUCUUUCCAUCGUUGCAGCAAUCGCCUUCAAGUACGCCGUAACAGAGCCCAGGAAACAGGCGUAUGCUGACUUCUACAAAAAUUACGAUGCAAUGAAGGAGUUCAAUGCUAUGAAGGAGGCUGGUGUUUUUGAAAGUGUCAAAGACGUUGAAAAAUAAACCUGUCUUGUUAUGUUGCCCCUGCAUUCCUGCUCUACAACUGAAUCUUUAUAAGAUUGUCAGAUAUGAACAUUAAUGUCUGAUGUUCUUAUUAAUAUAAAAUAAAACUAUUGACAACCACCAUGCGGUACUGGCUUAUUUGUACUUGUACAUGAAAAUAAAUGUUGAAACCUGA